AUGUGGUUACUACUUCUGAUAAGUAUUUUACCACUUGCUGGCUGCAAUCCGUUACUUAUAACCCUAAAUUGGCCUAAUUCAACGAACAACCAACAACAACAACAACAACAACACCCAGCAUCUUGGAAUUUUGACUUCAAAAAUGCAGGAGGAUGGCAAGGACCAACGUUGCAAAUUCGAGCCGAUGGGCUUUGGACGUUGUGCAGAGGCAAUCGACCAUAUGUUCAACUUGGUCUCUGUUCAACUCAUUUCAUCGAAUGUGCUCGAAACGGUGGUGAUGGUUUUGUCGUUAGAACGUGCCCGUUCAAGUCUUACGUAUUUAUGAACGGUCAGUGCUUACCCGCUCAACAAUUCGAAGAAUGUCGUGAUUAUGCGCUGAACAUAAUCAACGAGGAAACAAAGCAUUUAGUUGAGGGUGAAUCAUUCUGUGCUAACGGUGCUGGAAUAUACCGUGGGAAUAAUGGACCUGGUUACGAUCAAUGUUCUCGUCAAGCUCUUAUAUGCCAUCCGAACAGACGGGAUGCGAUAUCCAUGCUAUGUUCAUCUGGUCAAACAUUGACGGAAAACCUUGAUUGUGUACGUGCUCCCCGGUCCUGUCAUUCCGGACUUGAUGUGGUCGCACCGAUUCGACAAUUUUUCCUGCACAGAUCUUGUAAUGUAGGAUCGUUUGGAACAAGGCUGCCUCCUGUUCUAGAAAAUUCCCAGCUGAAUCAAUAUCAGCCAGAAACUCAUUGCGCUUCGUGGUAUGUAAUGUGUAAUCCACAACCGAAUGUUAUUCAUUGCGGUCCGGGAGAAGUUUUCGAUCGUCACCAGGAAAAGUGUAGACAGUGGAACAACGGUGAUGUAUGCGCGAUGUCUGGAAUUUGUCGAGGACAUGAAUGGGAAUCGGUUUCGGUCGGGAAAUGUCAACGUCAAUUCGUCUACUGUGAAGGAUCAGCUGGACUACUGCAUUCCUGCGGUGAAGGAAUGGUGUUCGACGGAAAAUGUACACCGAAAGAGUUCGCAAACGGAUGUGACGUUUGCAGAGAGGGUGAACGACGGCCGGGUGAUUUAUGUGGGGAGUACUAUGUGUGUGUUCGUGUGAAUAAUCAGCUGAACUGGGAACAGCAGAGAUGCGGGUCUGGACAAGCGUUUAAUGAUUACACGAAAGUGUGUCAGAAUGAUUACACUUGUGCUGUGCCAAAAACUUGCGUCCACGGUUCUAGCUUCCCCCUGAACUGUCGGGAUUAUAUGCACUGUACUGGUGAACGUUAUGAGAUGUUCUCCUGUCCACCGAACUCUCGCUGGGAUGUCCACAUAAAAAUGUGUGUCAUGGAUUCCACUUGUGGAAUGUCGUCCCAUCCAUCUCCGAAUCAUUGUUUGAACGGUGACGCUAUACCGUCCGCCGACUGCGUCACGUAUCAAAUCUGCAUGAAUGGCUCCUACUACAGUGCACAGUGCCGAGAUAACUUCGGUUAUGCCGCAGUGGCAUGUUCUCACUGUUUCUCAUCGGCAAACACAUAUCCUAUCAAUCAAUUGCAUUACCCUGCACGAUGUUCACCGGGAGAUCAACGACCUCAUCCGAAGGAUUGCGUGGCCUACUAUAUCUGUGUGGAUCAAGAAUGGGUUUAUAGAAGGUGUGAUAAACCAGACACGAUCUACGAUGCGUCGACGAAGACUUGUAUUCAAGGGAACACCUGGCAGUGUUCAUCGUCCAUACAGGUCCAGUGCAGAAAUGGAGAGAGAAUUAUUCAUAAAGAUCCGUCUAUGUGUGAUCGCCUUACCGAAUGUCGACAUGGGAGUUGGGUGGAUUUACAAUGUCCUUCUGGAUAUAUUUAUGAUGCAAACACAUUUAACUGCGUGCUCGGUGAAUGUCAAGGAACACAGCAGUAUCCUGAAGUGCUUCCACCACCGACGCCAAUCGAUAGUCCAGCAGUGUCCCAGUCCGCCGGAUCACAUCAGAGUAUUUCAGCGCCUGAGUCGGCUCCACCCAAAUAUCACUUUAUUCCGGAGUUCGUGUCCCCGUCAUGUCAUGGACACAUCACUGUAGCCGAUCGAUACGACUGCUCCAGAUACUGGAAGUGUGACUCGUCGGGAAAAUUCUAUAGCAUGGCUUGCCCUUCUGGAAGUGUUUACGAUCCUCAAGAGAGGACCUGUACAAAAGGAAAGUGCUCAUCGACAAAAUGCGUCGAAAGGAGCUUCCAGCCAUCAGAAGAAUGCGGAGUCUAUAAGACCUGCUAUAAGGGUGAAUGGAUUGAAGCUCGAUGCGAUCAUGGGAAACAAUUUGUUAACGGAAAAUGCACAAAUGAUGACUGUGUGAGGGAAGAACGAGGAGAAGAGUACUAUUCUAUGUUACAAUGUCAUAGCGGUGCAGUUCGACCGCAUCAUACCAGCCGUGCUUCAUAUAUGUUCUGUCAAUAUGGGGUUUGGACACCACGUUCAUGUCCAGAUGGAGCGAUUUUUGAUUGGAAGACCUUAGCAUGUGUCACAACCUCCAAAUCUCCCAGUUACCAUCCGAAAUGCUUCGAGGGAGAAACGAAAUCGAUACCAGGACAAUGUUCACUUUAUAAGGAAUGCCAAAACGGAAAAUGGGUGAAAAAAGCAUGCCCAUACGGCUAUAGAUUCUAUAAUGGAUACUGUAUGGAGGGAAAUUGUAGCGAAGAAAACCAGUUCUGCAAGGAGUCAUCUGGAGUUGACGGUUAUCGAAGAGUGCAGCACGAUUGCUCAAAGUAUUAUCAAUGUGUUCAUGGAAAAUGGCUUGAGCGACCUUGUGCUCCAGGAACUGUAUUCAACGGACGAUUAUCAGUUUGUGAUCAUGCAACCAAUGUUCCUGAGUGUGGAGGGAUCUAUAAUUAA